AUGGUUGAACACGUUCUGGACGAUAUCUCCCAUCGGAGGUUCAACCCCCUUCGAGGAUCCUACAUUCUGGUCUCCCCACAUCGGACCAAGCGCCCCUGGCAAGGACAGCAGGAGAGCCCCUCUAAAACUACUUUACCAACCUACGACCCCGCUUGCUAUCUUUGCCCCGGAAACAAGCGCGCGCAAGGCGAUACUAACCCUAAGUAUGAGAAAACCUUCGUCUUCGUAAACGACUACAGUGCGGUCAAGGAAGAACAAGCGCCGUAUAGCCCUGAAGGUGGCGAGGACCUUGAAUCAUUCUUCCUCAAGGCAGAGCCUGUCACCGGCAAAUGCUAUGUACUUACCUUCUCUGCGGCCCACAACCUCACCUUGGCCGACCUUUCGCCUGCUGAGAUUGUGCCUGUCAUUGACGCUUGGACUGAGAUUUACACUGCCCAUUUGUCCCCCAAGUCGCCCUUGGCUGCUGUAGCUCCAGCGACCACCCUGCCUCCAAAUUCCCCAACUGCUAGCUUGACCAAGCCCAAGGAGCAGUAUCGCUACAUGCAGAUCUUUGAGAACAAGGGUGCUGCCAUGGGGUGCUCGAACCCUCACCCUCACGGUCAGGUCUGGACUACCAGCUCUUUGCCCGAAGAACCGGCUAUGGAACUCGAGCAGCUGAAGAAAUACCGCCGGGAAAAUGGUGGCAAGCAUAUGUUGGAAGCCUAUGCUGCUCUGGAAAGCCGGAAGCAGGAGCGCGUGGUGUUUGAGAACGAUGCCUUCCUUGUCGUCUGCCCCUGGUGGGCUGUCUGGCCUUUUGAGACCAUGAUUGUCAGCAAGACCCACAAGCGUGCGCUGGUCGACUUAGAUAGCAGCGAGAAGGUGCAGCUAGCGGAAGCCAUUGCCGAAGUCACCAGACGUUACGACAACCUCUUCGAAACGCACUUCCCGUACAGCAUGGGUAUCCACCAGGCACCACUUGACGGAACCGAGGAGGAAAUCGAGUCGUCAUAUCUUCACCUUCACUUCUACCCCCCGCUAUUGCGCAGCGCCACUGUGCGCAAAUUCUUGGUCGGGUAUGAAAUGAUGGGCGAGCCCCAGCGUGACAUUACACCCGAGCAAGCGGCUGCGAGGUUGCGAGGCUGCGGGGGAGAGCUCUAUAGGAAGAAGAUGGACAACUAA